AACAAAAGAAAAAACACAUUAAAAAGUACUAAAGAGAAAUAAAAAAUGGAAAAUAAAACCAUUUUCUUGGCAUUGUUUUCAAUCAUGGUUUUGCUAUCAUAUUUUAAUCCAAGUUUGGCCAUAGCAGCCGAUCUUGAGGAGAUGCUAAUCAACGAGUUUGAUGUGGUGCUUAAACAUUGGCCGAGCCCGGGUGAUUAUAAUCUCAAUGUUAUCCGUGGACAACCAAGAAAACAUCUCAAAUAUCUUCUUGAUUGCGCAGUAAAAAUGGGAGCUGGUGGAAAUGAAUGUAACAUUGAAAUAAGAGACGUAUUUUCUCGGAACAAAAGUUUUUCGAAAGAUUGUUGUCGGGUGCUAGUGAAAGGUGGCAGAAAAUGCUACACAGAAUGGAUGAAAAUGUUUUUUCAAUUCUAUCAACUCAACCGUUUUAGUUCUAACGCGAUGAUCAAAACUAACGAAACAUGGAACAAAUGUUCUAAUGGAACUGAAUCUAUUUCACCAUUUUCUGGUUAAAAUCGUAACUAAUUUAAUUGUUGUUAAACAAUGGUUUAGAUUGAUU